UUUUUUUUUUGUCCCAUGCCCAUGCCAUAACCAUGCUAGUGUAGCUGAUCGCUUAUAUAAAGGAACUCCCGUUUUCUUCCUCACUUCCUCUUUUUUUUUCUUUUUUUCUCUUUUUCUGCUUCUAAUGUUUUCUACUUGAUACUUUAUAGCUCUCUCUCUCUCUCUUAUAUACUCACUAUCAUCACCAUCUUCUCUUAACAAACUUGACCAAAUUUAUCACUCACAUUCAUACUUUCUCUACACUUCAUUAUCCACUAACAUGAACAUGACCAUGAUGAUGACCAUCAAACCCGACCCCAAACCGCAAAAAUCCUCAGCUUCAACCGCAGUACCUAGAAGCGGUCAGGACGCUCCUCGUCCCUAUAAAUGCCACAUCUGCCCUAAAUCCUUCCACCGCCUUGAACAUCAGACUCGCCACAUCAGGACACAUACAGGGGAACGUCCUCAUCAAUGCACUUUUGCAACCUGCCAAAAACGUUUCUCGCGCUCGGACGAAUUAACCAGACAUAUGCGCAUUCACUCAACCACCAAGGCGAAGAAGGAGCGCUCCACAGCUCCACUCUGUCACAUCUCGAUCAAGCCUUUUAUGAAGGUAGUCAUGGUUGCCUUUGGCGAGAACAACCAGCAGCGUGCAUCCACAGCAACUCCUCUUUCCCCCUCUCCUUCGCCUUCUCCUCGUAUGACAUCUUCUCCAACUCUCAAGCAGGUGCGCCAGCAGAGUAGGGUUUCUCCCUAUCCUUCUGUGCAAGCCCACAUCAAAAAAGAGUCAUUUCCAAAUAUGCAGCAGCCUUCACCUCCUCUAACCGCCAAUUCUUCACCAGUUUCUCAGCUCAUCUCCGACACCGAGUCCGAUGCUACGGCCUCGCCUCUUUUCACACCCGAAUCUUCGCCUGUCCCUAAUGCCUUGAAUCAUUACACUCAGUCUUGUGAUCACGUUCAACAACAGCAACGACAGCAACAAAUCUCUACACAAAUUCAAUUCCAGAAUAGUAGCAAUAAUUCCUAUCAUCAUCAUCAGCAGCAACAGCAGCAGAAUGAUCAGAUCCAACAUUUCCAGGGCUUCACAACCCUACCACCCUUGAGUCCCAUGCAAAGCCCCAAGAAGAAUGCACCAAUGUUGUUGCCUCCCCUGUGUUGGCGCCCUUCCGCGCCUCACAACCGGUGACCUUGCCUCCAUUCUCAGAUAUCAUGAAGUCGCUGUGUAUUUAAACGACCGCAUGUCCUCCUUUCCAUUCUCACAAGAAGAAAGCAAGGAACAACAGAUAUCCUUUUAUUAUUGUGUUUUUCAAUGACCUUUCCUUUUUAUUACUAUUGUUACUAUUAUUAUUAUUCGAUUACUUGUAUACAUAGAACUUCUUGCUUGCUACAAUACCUGCUACAACUAUUUACGACUACUCUUACUGCUAACAAUAGCAUUGUAAAAUACACUUGAAUAUUAAUUGCAUUCUUUAAAUGACCUUUUUUUAUUUUAAAUAAAUAUGAAUUUGUGUACACAG